UAAAAUUAAUGACCCUCGUGUGAUGACAACACUUAGUGUGCUCUUGGGGGUCAAUUUGAUGACAUCAGAAGACGAUGAACCCCCAACAUACAAUGAUUCAAAACCUAAAGCUGCCCCAGCCACUAAGAAACAAAAACCUGAACCCAUGGACACAGAAGAAAUGGAUCCUGAUAAAAAGAAGUCUCUUGAAUUGAAAGGCAUGGGUAAUGAAGCCUAUAAAAAGAAAGAAUUUGAUAAUGCCAUAGAAUAUUAUGAUAAAGCGAUAGAAUUAGAUAAAUCUAAUAUUACACUCCUAACUAACAAAGCAGCUGUAUAUUUUGAGAAGAAAGAAUAUGACCUGUGUAUAAAAGAAUGUGAGAAAGCAAUUGAAGUAGGGAGGGAAAACAGAGCUGAUUAUAAACUUAUUGCUAAGGCAUUUGCUCGGAUUGGAAAUGCUUACAUGAAACUAGAAGAUUAUGCUAAUGCUAAAACUUUUUACAAUAAAUCAUUAACAGAGCAUCGUACUGCAGAUACUCUUAAGAAAUUACAACAGGUAGAGAAAGUGGAAAAGGAGAGAGAAAGACUUUUAUAUAUUGACCCAGAAAAAUCGCUAGUUGAAAAAACAGCAGGGAAUGAAUGUUUCAAGAAAGGUCAAUAUCCGGAAGCUGUGAAACACUACACAGAAGCCAUUAAGAGAGCUCCCGACGAUGCAAAGUUAUACAGCAACAGAGCUGCUUGCUAUACUAAGUUAGCAGAAUUCAGUCUUGGUUUAAAAGACUGCGAUGAAUGUAUUAAGUUGGAUCCAACUUUUAUAAAGGGUUACAUUCGUAAAGGAGCGAUUCUGUUGGCAUUGAAGGAGAAUGGCAAAGCUAUGAGUGCAUAUCAGAAAGCGAUAGAUUUAGACCCAAGUUGUCAGGAAGCAAUAGAUGGCUAUUCUAGGUGUGUAAGCUCACAGAGUAGUGAUCCAGAGGAGAUACGUCAGAAUGCCAUGCAAGAUCCAGAGGUGCAACAAAUCAUGCAAGAUCCAGCAAUGAGAAUGAUUCUGGAACAGAUGCAGCAGAAUCCAAGUGCACUGCGAGAACACUUGAAGAAUCCUGCUAUUGCUGCCAAGAUACAGAAACUAUUAGACGUGGGACUGAUAGCGAUACAUUGAUGUGUAACUGUGAUGACAGCCUUGUUUUUAUCUCAAUUAUGGUAUGCAACUUGAUACGGGAUACAGAACAUUUUUGUGUUGGUUGGAUGGCUCACAAAUUAGAACCAUUAUUUGGGAUGUACAUUUCAUUAAUAUUUAAUUCCUUUGAUAGUGUCUCAUGUAUUCAUAUUUGACGACCAGAAGUCAAAACCUUAUUGAAAAAAAAAACACUAAGCUCUAUUAAAGUUGUCAUACCAUACUUGGAAACUCUUUAUUAAUAACAGAAAGUCCUGUACUCCCCUUGAACAAAGGGGUUUGUAAUUGCAUGUCAUUUAAUUGUAACGCUAGCGUCCAGACAUUGUUUUUUUACACAUACAGGAGCAUUCAUGUGACUGUCAAUGCAACCAUGAAUUUUGAUCUAAAUUAGUCAUUCUAUAUAUCUUUACAUACUUGCUGUAAGUCAUUUAAGUUAAAUAUAUAAUAAUAUCCUACAAAUUUAAAGGAGUGUGCGAUUCAAAGUUCAUUGAACAGAUUAGGUUCAGGUUAAUAAUACUAUUGUUUUUAUAAACAGUGUUCACAUGUUAGAUAGUAGUGUUUUUUAAUAGUCAAUUUUCCUCCCAAAGUUGUGCACCUGAAUGGUAAAAAGUUGUAAUGUAUCUGGCAACCUCAUUAGAUUGCUCGCAUUGGUCAUGUAUAUUCAACCUAUCAUUGCUUUCGGUAUUGAUUGCAAAUGUGUAAUGUCUUUUUUCAGAUGGUUAAUAAAGACAAGUAAUUGAAUUAA